AUGAAUGGCAUUGACGAUAUUCCAGGCAACAAACUACACACGGUGAUGAGCGUGCGCGCAGAGGACGAAAGGACCAUGGCUCUGCUGCGAAAGGAGUGCGACCAAUCGAUGGUUACCUCGAUGGAGGCAAAGAUCAAGGAAAAGCAGGCCAUGACGCUCGUUUCGGGGCUACAAGCGGACAUCGAGGCCCUGCAAACCCAGGUUGGGGUCCUUCAGAGCGCUCUCUGGUUAGAGAAGGAGCGAGCUAGCGCGGCUGUCAGAGCUAGCAGGGGCGCGAUCGGCCCGUCCACAAGAGGCGGGGUGUCGAAGGCGGCACUGACGAUGACGGGCUCUGCCUCGACGGCGUCGGCAGCAGCGGCAGAGGCGACGGCGGUCGCAUCCGCGGUGCUGGCGAACAGCUCAAGCCGUGGAGGUGGUGGAGGAUUUGGCCCAUCAGGGAAACGAAGAAACGGCAUCCCCUUGAAGCGGAUAGGGGAACGAGGCGGCCGUCGUCGGCCGGCAACAGCACCAGCCAAAGACACGCAAGCUCUUCGAGGGAAACUCCCUCAUGGCAACGCCGGCGAUCUCUACGGCAGGAACAAGCCCCGGGGGGGAGGGGUGGGAGGCAACUGCAGCAGCCAGCAUCUCGGCGGUGGCCUUGGCUUUCUCGCCAGCGAGCAGGGGGGUGGCGCGGGUAGCCCAGACGGGACGACGGCGACUGACGGGUCGUUCACUGACGCCUGGGCGUCCAACGACUACUUCCACGGCGCCGGCGCCGGCGCCGGCGAAAAGAGCCCACAAGGCUACCAACAGGAGCGGAGUAUAGAACAGUUCGUGCUCGAUCUCGACGGUCGCAGAGGAUAUGCCGGUGGUGGUGGUAGUGGAACCGGUGGCGAGGUAGAAAGCGGUGGUGGGGGCCAAACCACUAUCACCCCGUUCCAGAGAUGGAAAAGAGAGAGAGGAAUUGUCUCGCCGGGAGUUGCCGAGAUGUUUGGGGGGCAAGGGUGUUGUUCCUGA